UCCGCCGGAGCGUGAUAUCAUUUGACACGCCUUCUAUGAACCUUUCCGAAUGGCAAAACGAUAUCCAGUCUCAUUGCUGUCGUUACAGCUUUGGGAUCCCUCUUUCUUCAUUCAGGCGGCUUGAAACCCUAGAAUUUCUGUAUUCAUUACGAUUUGAAAUUUUGUAUAGAUCAAUAUGAUUACGAUUCCUUAUGUAACAGCGUUAACAACUCUGUUUAGCUAUGGUUUGCUCUUUGUAUUUGGCCAGUUUAGAGACCUGUUCAGGAAACUAUGGAGACGGAUCUCGUCCAAGAAAGAGUUGUAUGCACCUAUUGUCCUAGAGAAUGAGGAUUUCUACACGCGCCGGCUUUAUCUUCGCAUUCAGGACUGUUUUGGACGCCCAAUCUCAAGUGCACCUGAUUCUUGGUUUGAUUUGGUUGAGCGUUACUCAACAGACUGUAACAAAACGCUAAUACGGACUUCAAAAACAAGAAGAUGCCUUAACUUGGGUUCCUACAAUUAUCUUGGAUUUGCAUCCUCAGAUGAGUACUGCACACCACGUGCAAUUGAGUCAUUGAAGAGAUAUUCACCUAGCACUUGCAGUAACCGUGUUGAUGCCGGCACAACCAAUUUGCACACAGAAGUUGAGGAAUUAGUUGCUAGUUUUGUUGGGAAGCCCUCAGCUGUGGUCUUUGGCAUGGGCUAUGCGACGAACUCAGCCAUUAUUCCUGUCCUUAUUGGAAAGGGGGGAUUGAUAAUUAGUGACUCAUUGAACCAUAGUUCUAUUGUUAAUGGUGCUCGUGGAUCAGGUGCUACAAUUAGGGUUUUCCGACACAAUACACCAUUGCACUUGGAGGAAGUUCUAAGAGAAGCAAUAGCCGAAGGGCUUCCAAGAACUCAUCGACCAUGGAAAAAGAUAAUUGUGAUUGUAGAAGGAAUCUAUAGCAUGGAGGGGGAACUCUGCCAACUUCCAGAGAUAGUAGCAGUCUGUAAGAAAUAUAAGGCCUACAUAUAUCUAGAUGAGGCUCACAGCAUUGGAGCAGUUGGUAAGUCAGGAAGAGGGGUUUGUGAGCUCCUUGGGGUGGAUCCUGCUGAUAUUGACGUCAUGAUGGGAACUUUCACCAAGUCUUUUGGAUCAUGUGGGGGAUACAUUGCUGGAUCCAAGGAACUCAUUCAAUAUUUGAAGUAUACGUGUCCAGCACAUCUAUAUGCAACAUCCAUGUCGCCACCUGCUGUACAACAAGUUAUUUCUGCCAUUAAAGUCAUUCUAGGAGAGGAUGGUUCUAAUAGAGGGGCUCAGAAGCUUGUGCGAGUACGUGAGAACAGCAAUUUUUUCAGAUCGGAACUAAAGAAGAUGGGAUUUGAGGUUUUGGGUGAUAAUGACUCUCCAGUAAUGCCAAUAAUGCUUUAUAAUCCGGCAAAAAUUCCAGCCUUCUCUAGGGGGUGUCUUGAGGAGGAUGUUGCGGUUGUGACAGUUGCAUUCCCUGCAACGCCAUUGCUUCUGGCGAGGGCUCGUAUCUGCAUAUCUGCCUCCCACACAAGGGAAGACCUGAUUAGAGGACUGGAGGUCAUAAGCCAAAUCGGUGACCUAAUUGGCAUAAAGUAUCUACCAAUGGAGCCCGAGAAACAACAUUUAGAGGAUAGAGAGAAGCUGGAGUGAGAAUCAUUCUGGUGAGAUUGUAGAUCGAGAAUGAAAAUAGUCAUAGUUGAUCCAAAGGCAGAGAAAUUACCCUAUUUUAUAGUGAGGUUUGUUCAUCGAUCAUAUGGAGCUCUACUAAUGCUUUAUGUGAUGCCAAUGCUGAUCUUUGGGAUCGGUUGAUGUAACCUUCCAAUCUGUUUGCUUUUUUGGGUUUCUUUUUUGAAUUUAUUCUUUGUUGUUCUCCUGCUUGUCUGGUUUAUGUUAUUAACAGAUCAUCAUCAGAGCUUUUUCCCAACUAUUCGGGGUCGGCUAUGUUUUUAACAGAUUUGUACAUAAAAAUAAAAUGCAUUUAUAAAAUUUAGAAUAUGAGUACCCUGUGUGAGCAGGAAUGCA